AUGAUGGGGGUUUUUUACGACAUGAUGCUGCAGCUGACGGAGGAGUUGUCGGUGCUGUUGGAGAGCGCGCAUUGCCGGCUCAAAGCGGCGGAUAAGGAGGGGUUGCAGGAGCCUUUAUUUCGACGUUGGGACGAGAGUUUGGCCUGCCCCCUUCACGUGGUAUGUCGGAUUAUGAACCCGGUCAACCAGGAGGAGGGGAUGUACCACAAGGACAUUGAGUGCACCAAGGUGAUGAAGGCUUGGCUGUCACGCUCGAGGGCCUUUAUCGACAAGUACUGGAAGAACGACGGCGAGAUGAAGGGAACGAUGAAGGGGCCGCAGAAGGUGAUGCUGGCGUAUAUUGAGGGUAAGGGGUGCUUUGGGACAGAGGAGGCAAUAGAGGGGCGUGUGGAGUUGAAGGACAGAAAGGGGGACAUGCACGAGGAAGACAUGGAGGAGGAGGAGGAGGAGGAGGAGGAGGAGGAGGAGGAGGAGGAGGAGGAGGAGGAGGAGGAGGAGGGGGAGGAGGAGGAGGAGGAGAGCGAGGAGGAUGCGGAUGAGUGA